AGUGUGUCUGUCUCUCCCUCCUCCAUCAGCAUAUAACGGCGCAACGCUUCCACCAAUCUGUGCAGCGAGAGGAGCACCCCAACCCCUGAACCUGAAUCUACCCGCCCUGCCGGCUUAUAAAUACUGCUUGAAUAACACCGGCAAGUCGUCAGAAACGCUCAGGGUUGCAGCAGAACACCCCCCUUCGUCUUAUAUCCCCUUCAUCGUUUCUCUGUUUUUUAAGAAUAUCUCACACAUCAUCCAUUUCACCCUCAUUCUUCCCCCUUUUCCGAACUGUAGUUGUUGUUGCGGCCAGUUGCAUGCAUUUUACGUCUCCCAAAAUGGUUUGCGAGACUAAAAUUGUUGCGGAUGAACACGAUGCUAUACCUGGGACCAAAAAAGAGUCGAUCAUGUGGAGCUCUACUCCGUCCAGCGCAGCUCUGAACCCCUCCGAGGAAACGGAUGUGAGAAAAGAUGCGGUUUUUAUCCGCGAGUUCGAGUGCGGGGAUCAAGAGGAGGUGCGGCGCAUCUUUUAUGAGGGCAUUAUGGAGAGGAUACCCAAUACGGCGUUUAGGGGGCUCAGGCAGCAGCCCAAGACUCAGUUUUUAUAUGCUCUUCUGACAGUAAUGUGCUUUUUCGUGACCAAUUCCUUCAUUCUGACCUGCUGUGCGCCCCUCAUUCUCAUGGGUGCGCGCUACUACUACAGCAGGAAAGUUAUCCACGGUUAUCUGGACUGUGCUCUGCACACGGACAUGGCUGACAUAGAGGCUUAUUACAUGAAACCCACAGGCUCCUGUUUCUGGGUGGCAGUGCUCGACGGACAUGUGGUGGGGAUCGUGGCAGCGAAAGGCCGCGAGGAUGACAACCGGGUGGAGCUGCGGCGCAUGUCGGUGGACUCUCGGUACCGCGGCAAAGGCAUUGCAAAGGCACUGGGUCGUCGUGUUCUGGAGUUUGCCAUGCGCAACAACUAUGCUGCUGUGGUCCUCGGCACGACGGCUGUCAAAUUGGCUGCUCACAAGCUGUACGAGUCGCUGGGCUUCCGCCGAACGGGCCAGAGCGAGGACUACAGGCUCCCCGGGAUGAACCGCUCACCACUAGAGAGGCUCUUCUUCCAGAUCCGCUACAGCCGCUACCGCCUGCAGCUCCGUGAGGAGUGAGAGGUGACAGGGAGGGAGAGAGAGAGAGAGGGGGAGAUGGAGAAAGAGAGGGGCGGAGAGAGAGAGAGAGAGAGCAACGACCCUCCUUCACCCGAGAGCCCCGACUGCAUCCUCUCCUCUGACAGCUUUUAUUUAUUUUGUGUCAUUAGAGAUAACUUUGAGUACUUAACACUUCUACUAUUUCAUCUUUAAAGUCAUUAACUCUUUCUUUCUUUUAUGCUUUUGUUGCUGUUGUUUUUGUAUUAUACUUCUACAUUUUAAAUAAGUUUCCUCUUUUUUAUUAAGCUAUGUUUUGUACCUUUGCUCCUCCCUUUUCAUUUUGGGAGAAACUGAAAGGCUUUUAUAGAAGACAUCUAACUGGCACCCCAACUAGGCACCCUCCCCUGGUCCUUUGGUUUUAAGAUGAUGUGAUCAAUACUCCCAUUCAUUACUGCUCCACAACGCCCUCUUUACCCCUCCCCCAUUAACUCAAGCCCUCCCUUCCCUCCCACAUUCUCCUUAUUUCCCCACAGCAAAAUUCAACAGACGGGUGUAGAUGCAGGAGAGUGCAAUGAGACAUUUACAUUCUGUGUCACUGGGGGAGGAAAGAACAAUGGAUGGUUUGGGAGGGGCAGAUAUUGCUUCCUCAAGAGAAAAACACAAAAAGUGGUGGGGGAGCUUGUGGUACACACUCUCUUUUAGCUCUUCAAUGUAACAUUUUGUGUGUGCAUUGUGGGCAUGCAUGCUCACACAAACAAGUAAUUUGACUUUUAGCCAGUCUCUCUCAAGACACCAUAUUGAAGCACAGCGAGAGUGUGGUACCAACCCCCAUAGUGAGAGAGAUGGAUGACGGGAUGGUCACCGGAAUAUGCACUGUGUAUCCUGCCUCCUAGACAGACAUGGAUAAACACAGUACAUCUUCCUCACACGACCUCCUCUUCAUUCCUCUUACAGAUUCUUUUAUUUGGAUCUCUCCUUCCUAUUGUUUCAUUAAUCAUGGCGUUUCUCACUGGAGCUGUGGAGAGGGUCUCUGAUUGGUUGAGGUGACAGGAGGAUGGAGCUUUCUUGCUAACAGAUCCCAAGAUACAAUAUAGCUGCAUGUCAGAGCGUGUGUGUGUGAGUGAUUGUUGAGAUUAUGUGAUUGUGUGUGAUUUUGAUGAGGCUAUGGUCAUUACACUGUGCCACAACAGCGUAUGAUGAACAAUUUACAAUUUGCUUUUGUGCUAUGAGUCCAGUAUUAUCUAAGUAAACCACUACUUUCUUUGUCUACUUAACAUACAUAAAUUGUUUACUGAGUGAAGAAAUAUACAUUCUAACAUUUUGAAUAUGUUUAGUAUUUGAAUGAUCAUAAGUAAUUUUAUAACUUUAAACACAUAUUACCACAUUGUAAUAUGCAAAUUUGACUGUGAAAACUACGACAAUUACAAAGUAGCCGCAGCUUUCACUCCACAGACUUAAUCCAGGCUAUUGGGGAACAACUUGGGUAAGACAUGACUACUAGCAAUACUUGCAAACCUACAGUCCAUGACUAAGCACAAACCGCAAAUAAUUAUUUAAACUAACAUAUUGGCAUUAGUAUUCCCCCUUCUCCAUGUAUUUAUAUCGUGUAUACAGGUGAAAACUCAUGUAGCAAACAAAACAUCCAAGUUUCUCCCAUAACACCUCUCUCCAUCUCCAUCCUCUGACCAUACAACCAGCAGUAGAUUCAGCUAUCCACGACUCUGAGCCUUAGUUAUCUCAUCAUACCAUUUGUAAAAAGUAAAAUAUAAAUCAAAAUACAACCAAAAAAAAUCACAUAAGAUGAAAAAAAAUGAAAAAACAUUUAAUACAAAUGUAAUCAUCAUGAAGUUAAUGACCCUCCUUGCCUUGCUGCCCCCCCCCCCUCAAAACUCUCUCUACUACCCAUUCAUGAAUCUGUCUGCAACCCUGGGCUAGACCCCACACCUUCCAUCUGAACCCUCCACUGACUUUCCCUAUGCCAGGCCCCACCCAAUUCCCACCCAUCUCUGCAUGCGCCACAGAGCCUUGCUGCACUGCUUUUAUUAUUCCAUUAGAAGCUUGGUGGAUGAAGCCUAGACCCUGAGCCCCUACUCUGAUGUCAUCUAGGCAGUGUGACGCUCUGGGACAGGCUGGUGCCAGGUUGCAAGAGUGAUGUAUGGUUGGACGAGUGUGGGUGCGAUUCAGAAAACACAGAAAGUGAGAGGUAAAAUUUGUUUAUGUGUGUGUGUGUGUGUUUGUUCAGAGUUGGUGCAGAGUCACUCACUAAUUGUAGCACCGUCUGGAUGACAUCAUGCCUGCCAGCCAACCAACUGUAGAAUGCAAAAAGCAAUGCAAGUGUGGCAUGCCUCUGUAUCCAGUGUGUAUGGUGCCUGCCCUGGAAAAGUUUAGAAAAAAAAUUAACUAAUUUAUAAACUAAACUAUAUAUAUAUAUAUAUAUAUAUAUAUAUAUGUGUGUAUAUAUGUAUAUAUUAAAGAAAAUAAGCUUCUUUUUUAAAGUGAAAAUAUAAAAGAAAUGUGUGUUACUUUGUUUGAAAAAAGCAAAGAAAAUUGUAUUAUUUGCAUGAAAUGUGUCUUUGAAUCAAACAAUUUUAAGGGAGAAACUCCUAGCACAUGGCAUACAGUGGAAAUGUAGAUGUGUCUUUUUUAUAAUGGUUAAUUUUAUUUGAAAUUAUUAAAAAUAAUUAUCUGGGAGUGAAAUUAUUACCAGCCACAUGCCAGUUCUCAUAAAUCUUUUGGAGAUAGUUGUAUCCCUUUCUUAAAGCCUCGCUUAAUUUGAAAGUGGAUAUUAAUAUUCAAAUUUAUCUGUCACUGGCUGGCGGAAAAAAAAGUUAGUUUCCUUCCUUGAUCAAAGUGGGAGUGAGGGCAUAUGUCUGAAAGCUUCAGCUCCUAUUCUAUUAAACCAGCUUGUGGUGAAGAUCCCAAACACUUUUCAGAACUAAGAAUGAUGCAAAAGAUAAACAUGUUUUUUCCAUGCAGUGCAUAUAAUAUAUAUUUCAUCCACUAAAGUCAUUUGCCAAGUUUAUCAUAUGCAGAUAAAGGAAAUGCAGGUUGCAGGAUAGUGUAAUGGUUUGCAGUGAUGGUCAAGACUGGUUUAGACUUUGCUCCAGCUGACAAAGGCAAUAGCUGCUUCUUGUUAAAAAUGUCCUCAAACGCCAGACUGACCUAUCUGUGUCAGCUAACUGGGUAAAAUUUACAAUACAUACCUGAUUGAUUUUUUUAUUAUUCGGUAUGUAUACAGUCAACUUUAGCUAUUUAAAGCUAUUCAGAGGCUUAUUUAUGUCAAGUCCCCUUCCCUUUCUUUGUUUAAGCCAUGUCUAGAGGAGGUUUAGCUACUGACAACAUAUUUGUCUUUUAAUUAGAGCCAACGGAAGUUUUCUCUUUGAAAUUCUACAAAGUAGAAGCAAGGCACACAUCAUGCACUGAAAACAUCAACCAUUAUUGUUUUAAAAAAUGCAUCAGAUGUUUUCAUAGAGGAACACGUUGAGGAUGCCUCACACCACCUUGAUGCAUCUGCUUUGUACUUGGUUGUUGCUGGAGAAUCAAUAGAGAACCAGACUGUAUUUUGUGACAUAUCUUUUCAACAGCUACCACUGGCCUUCACAUUGUAUUUACAAACUUCCUAUGACGCUAAGGGGGAAAAUUAGGAUACAGCCAAACUAAAGAAUGAACACAAAAUAUGACAUCACAGUUGUGAAAUGUAAGUGCCAGUGGUGCUGAGGCUUUAGAUUGAAACAACACAGCAGACACAUUUGGAGUGUCAAGUAAUUUAUGUUAGUUAUUGCUGCCAGUGUGUUUAGGUCCUUACUAAAUGACUCAACCCAUUCUUUGUAAGACUUGGGUGAGGUCUGAAGCUUAAGAGUGAGAUGUGGGCUUUGCUGAGGUGGAUUGUAAAAAACAAACUGUGGUAUGGAUCUUGUUGAAGAAUGUGAAGUCUGUCAACUCUGAGCCAAUUCUGCUGCUGCCAAUCACAGUUUUUGCCUGCUGAAAUUCAAAAUACUCCAUGUAUGUUUUUGGGAGAAACUAUUAUCCAUACUGGUACAUAUUCUGAAAAAAGGUAAUAUCCUUCAAAAAGCCUUUGCCAAGGCCUUAUACACCAGAAUCAAACGCUGGAGUUUAAAUACCUUGUGGACUGCAUGGCUUCACUUAUUUAAGGGGUGACUUUGAAUUGUAAAGAUGAAGUGCACUGACUAUAAUGCAUUUAUUUCAAGUCUGAGCAAUGUCUGUUUUCUAUUUAAUGUGAAUACUAUGCCCUCUAAAGUCUCACCUCCCAUUUAAACCUGGUAAUGCAUACUUAAUGUUAGAAUGUAGUAAUUAAACUGUAUGCAACUUCUACCAGAGUUUACAUUAAGUUAUAAACCAUUCCUCUGAAAUGUUCUGCUGAUGUACAAUCCAAAACCAUUCUCACACGUUUUUAUUUGGUUUUCUGUGGUUUGUUUGAGUGCAAGUUUGCUGUCCUAUUGGUUGAGGUUUGAGAUAGUAUGCUGCAUACAGGCCUCUCCUGCUGGUGAAGGCUCUUUUAGUUUUGAGUGCUUUAGAACCCAAAAAUGAUCAUCGGAUGCUCUCUGAUGGCAGACACAGAGGCACAAGCUGAGUUAAAAAGCAAAAAAAUCCUGGUCACAUUAAAUUCUGGCCGUUAAACUAAUCAAACGGUAAAAAUAUCAGUAUUAGUAUUUCAUUUGGUUUAUCUACUGGAGCAUAGAAUUAAAAACUGCACAAAUGUACAGAUCCUGUGGGUGUGAUGUGUUGAUGGUGUCCAUGCUUAACAGCCUUGGGCCCAAACACUCACAGGCAUGAAUGUAAACUGCUAACAUUUAAGGUCUUAGAAAGAUUUUUGUUUUAUAUCUUUUCUGGUUGUUUUUUUACUUUAUGAAUGAGAAGGAUAAAGGAAAAAAGUAAAAAGCAGCUAUUGUUUAUUUUACUAAGUGACUAAACCACUACAUUAGAUGUUAGACAUUUAGUGUGAUUGUAAAUAGCCGUAUUUCUGCUUGUUGUUAAUGUAUUAUUUACUGCAACCUGUCAUCUUUGCCGGUUUUAACCAAUCCUGAUGGAGUUCAUUUUUGUCUCAGAAGAUGGCUGUCGCAUGGAAUGUUCCACCUACCAUAGAGGGGGAGGGGCGAGGGAGGAAUGUGCCACAUUGGCAGUUAAAUAGGGGUGUGUGGUGGGACUGCAGGAGGAGGUCUGCAGCAACAGAGCUCCAUAGCAUGGACUCCCUCUCUCUCUCUCUACCUCUGGUGAGGAAUUUGCUCCACUGUGGUGAAUAAAUAAGGACUUACUCUAGACUGAGGCCACGGGUGCCAAGAACACAUAAGCACUUGUAGCACAACUGUGUCUUGUUUUGCUAUUAAAGUACAGAUAGUUUUGAUUUUUUACAUUUCCUAUGAAGAAUAUGGAUAAAGUUUCUCUUUUUCCUGUAUUGACUGUAUGUAUCAUAAGCAUAUAUACAAGACAUGAUACCAUACUGUAUAAUUCACAUUAUGACCCAUGGCUAAUUUUUGAGGUGAAAAUUUGCCAAAGGCGACAGUAAUUUCUGCAUUUUGUUCCAUAUGCGGCUAUGUAUUGUUCAACACAAUCCUGUACUUAUUUGGUAUUAUUUGGAUAGAAAAAAACCUGCCCACGUGCCAUCUAACCAAGCAAUAAAUACAAACAGACAACCACAAAAUAAUGCUUAAUAUGCAUAUUAUCAACAACGAUUUUAUUAAAACAUGAAAUGCUGCAUUGAUGUGAUAUCCCUUAUACUGUACCAAUUAGUGGCAGUGAUGCAUCACAUUAUUUGCAUUGCAACAUUACCACUCAUUACAUCGAAGCCUGAAGGGGUGUUUGAUUGUAACAUGUUUUUGUUUUUUGUAUUUUUUCUUUACAAAGAGGUGUCAAAGAUGUGUUUUUAAAACUUGAAGUUGAAGUAUACAGGUGUACCUCUGCAAAUGUGUACAGAUGUCAAUAGGAACUGACAAGAGGGGGAUAAUGGAUGCUAAAGAUUGAGCAGUUCAAGCAGACAGGAAUUAGAUGGUGCUGCCCCCAUUCUGAAAGUGCAAUUUGCUGUAGCCUCUUAGCUGAGCUUUUAUUUAGCCACAAAGACUUUUGACUUAACUUGUACAACUGAGACAUGCAGUGCAACUUCACCACCACAACUCUGUCAGUACAAAUUGAAAAAUAAUCAAUUCAAAAUCAAUCAAUGCAAUGCAAGAAUCACAAAUCAUAAGCAUGGUUCUCACGAGUAAGAUCCAAAGUAUUUUUUUUAUCUGCAAAUUAGCUACUGUAAAGUUGUAAAGUAUAUUUUACUGUAAAAAGCAUCUUGGGUCAUAUUUACUCCUGCAGAUUCAAAAUAUUUACCAUCUAUAUUUUAAAGAUAUUUACAGCACUAAUAAAGAGAUUAUUGAGUAUUGCAGGUGUCUUCCUCUGUAUUAGCUCUAAACAAUCCCAUACUGACUAAUGACACAAUGACUAAUAAAACACUUUCAGGGGCUACAGAGUGAGCCAUCUUAGCCUUGGUGUCUCUAUCCCAGGCUGACGGGUUCAGACACAGCCUUCCUUGUCCUGUCUGUCUGCUUGAACUCUCAAGCCACCAGAGAGAGAGCCAAGAACACUGCAACAGCAGCAGGUCUGUUAGCUUAUAGCACACACCAGCCAUGGCCAUGAAUAUCAGUGGCUCUGGACUGAGCUAUCUAGCUUUUGCAGACUGCUUCAUUGCAAGGGGUUUCUGUCUGCCCUGGAGCCCUGUCAUGGCUGUUGUCUGUUGCCAGGAAACCGACCCACACAAAGCACAGCAUGGGAUUGAUAUGCAGCCACACUGUGGGGAGGCAGUCAGGUCAACAAUCUAUCUAUCUAAAGCAAUCUAUGAUAGAGGAAUGGAAUGAGGGAUUGAUACAUAAUUGGAUGAGAUUGAUGGACUUGGGGGGAAGGGAGUUAAAUGGUCUUUGUGGGAAAUUCGAAAACCUGAGGGUAGGACAGGGGUGCUUUGGCUACGGUGAGGAAUUUGAGAGAAGAGGCCCCAUGUAAACUAGAGCAGUGAGAAAAUAGUGGCAGAGAGGUUACAGUAUCGGAGAAAGAGAGGAAUAGCAGGGUCAAAAUGACAGACAGGUAUCGUGUGGGGUAAGAUUCUCAUUUAAUAGAGUAAUAAGGUUAUGUAUGAUGUGAUGAUUUAGCAGAUUUCGUAAUUCCCAGGGAGACAGUGCUUGAGGUGAAGAGACAUGUUUGUAGGUUCAACCAGUCUGCCCAACCUCAGUGAGACUGCAGUGACAACCUGGUCUUUAUUGGGGUCUAUUAGCCUUCAGUUCCCUUUCUGUCAUUCCUUUGGAAGACUGCUGUAUUACCACACCAGGAUUACUAUUAUUAUUGUGAUUAUUAACCUUUUCUUUUAUACUGACAAACACUUGGAACACUGUAUAGAUGUAAAGAUGGGAUUUCCUGCAUUAUGAUGAUUGAAACAUGGAUGUGCAUAUAUUGUAUCAAUUAAAAAUGGUGAUGCAUUAAGCUUUUA